AUGUCGUUGCCAUCGCCCAUCCCGCCGCCCAACGACCGGCGCAACUCGCGAGCCUCCAGCAACGGCGGCCUGCCCAACAACGCGGGCAUGGUGUCAUCGCCGUCUGCGUCGUUUGAAGUCGGUGGUCCUCCUGAUAGUCCCUCGCCUUUGGCGCUACGCGCAUCCAACUCACAGCGUCGAAAGAGCCAAAUCGUCAAGAUCCCCCCCGAGUUCCAGGCCCUCGAGUACGUGAGCGAGCCCAACAGCAAUCUCGUCUGCCUCAUCUGCCACACGCCCUACGACAGGCCCGCCCAGCUGUCCUGCCAGCACACCUUCUGUCGCGAGUGUCUCGACCACGCAUGGGCACCGCCUGCCAUCCGUAGGACGUGUCCGACGUGUCGACGCCUGGUCGAGACCGAGGCUGAUAUCGGGUCUGUGCCCAUAUCCAUCAAGAACAUGCUGGAUGAGCUCGAGGUCAAGUGCCCGAACAGCAGGGCGGGCUGCAAGUGGGCUGCUCAACGCGUCAACGUGCACGACCACGUCAUGCUGUAUUGUGAGCACACGCCCAUCGAGUGUCCAGCGCCCAACUGCCGCCUUCCGAUCUCGCAAAAGCACAUCAACAAGGCCUGCCAGCACUACACGCUGAGUUGCGAGGACUGUCAUACUUCGCUGAUGAAGCGUGAUCUCGAGGAGCAUCAGCGAGAAAUCUGUGCUCAUCGUGUGAUCUCCUGUUCUCAGUGCUCGGCCAGUGUUCUUCGACUUGACCUCAAGACUCACAUCAACACUGACUGCCCUAAACACAUUGUCUCGUGUCAGGGAUCAAUCGUCGGUUGCAAAGUUAGGGCAGAGCGGGCUGAGGUGGUACUCCACGAAGUGAACUGCACUAUGGCGACCAUGGCACCACACUUCCGAGAACAGCAAGCCCGCAUCGAGAGGAACGAAGCGCGCAUGGAGCCGCUGGCCAGAAAGGUGGGCAUCCUCGAGGAUGGUCUCUCCAGCAUUACCAACAUGCUGUAUCCGGCCAAUGGCAACGACUCCUCAUUUCCUGUAACCGACCCUCUGGACCCCAAUGACACCGACAAUACCUUUUCCGUAUCAACGCCAGACUUCCGUUUGCCGCCAGCUUCGUUCCCACCCGCUGCCCAAAGCAGCGAUAGUACACCCGCUCAGCCUCCUUUCGACUCACAGGUUCACCAUCUCCUCACGCUGCACGACUCUCUGCGUGAGGAAGUGACUCGCAUCGCCAACACACUUACCGAGGUCGAGGGCCGCACUAGCAUGAUGGUCUACAACGAGAGCCAACGCAGCAAAGACGAGUUGCUGCACGCCAACGCCGCCAUCAACAGCAUGCGCAUGCAGGUACACUGGCUGAUGAGUGCGCAUUUGCACCAGCGCUCCAAUUCCGCCACCACAGGAGCUUUCUUCACGACAUACGAGCGCACAAAAUCCCUCUUCACGCGCCUUAACACCACAUCCACGCACCCGCACGGCCUGCUCCCCACCCCCGUCAUCCACGCCGCCGCGUCCUCGCUCGCGGAACUCGUAUCCUGCGCCAUCCUCACGCCCGCAGAAGUCAUCAAGCAAAACGCCCAAAUGGUCUCCGCGGGCGAAGCACAAAACGCAACAAUGCACACGCUGCGCAAAUUCCAAUCUAAUCCGCUCGCGCUGUGGCGCGGGUACACUGCGCUUGCGGGCCGCAAUCUGCCGUUCACGGCUAUGCAGUUCCCCAUGUUCGAGCGCCUGAAGGUGGGGAUCAGGGAGUGGAGGGACGCGCGGGGCAAGACGACGGGCACGAUUUGGGAGAGCGCGUGUAUUACGGCCGUUAGCGCAGGGUCUGCGGGGGCCGUGGCCGCGGUGAUUACGACGCCGGUGGAUGUGGUUAAGACGCGGGUUAUGCUUUCUGCGGGGGAUGAGGCGCCGGCGCGGAAACCCGCGCAGAAGAGUGGGGGCGUGGUGGAUGCGUUGGGGAAUUCGGUCAGGGCGGAGAGGCAGAGUAGGAAGAGUGGGUGGAUGGUUGGGAGGGAGAUUCUGAAGGAGCAGGGGGUUAAGGGGCUGUGGAGGGGUGGGGCGCUGAGGGCGGUCUGGACGUUCGUUGGGAGUGGACUGUAUCUUGGGGCGUAUGAGAGUGGGAGGGUGUAUUUGGCUGCGAGGAGGGGGGAGCAUGUGGAUGAGAAGGAUUUGCUAUAA